AUGAAGGUUAUCUUAGCCGCAGUUAUGGUAUGCAGCGUGUCAGCUGGUCUAUUAGCACCAGCGCCGUAUGGCUACCCACGACCAUAUGGUCUUGCUGCUCACGUUGCAGCACCGAUUGCACCUGUAGCUAUUGCCAGGCCAGCUGUGGCAUAUGCCAGACCAGCUCUAGCAGUGGCCAGGCCAGCAUACGCACCAGCUGUAGAUGAAUACGACCCCAAUCCUCAAUACUCUUAUGCGUAUGAUAUACAGGAUGCUUUGACUGGUGACUCAAAGAGCCAACACGAGACGCGAUCUGGUGACGUUGUAGAAGGAUCCUACUCUCUUGUCGAGCCUGAUGGUACACGACGAGUGGUGGAAUACACAGCCGAUCCCCACAACGGUUUCAACGCUGUUGUGCACAAAGAACCACUAGGUGGUGUCGUCAAAGCUGUUGCACCAGUAGCUGCCUACCACUAA